AGCAGAUUGGACCCGCAGCUCCUCACACCGUUAGUUAGCUGAGGGAUUUUUACCACAGAAAGGCCAUGGACGGAGCAGCUAAUUGGCAGGGACGUGGAGGUGAUGAGGAGGUGAUGCGUUACUUCGUGGCUGGAUCCCCAAUCAUUUAUGAAUUUAUAGAACUUCUUCAAGGUCUAAGUCCAAAGCUGAAGGAGGUGCCUACAGUGGAAAAGUGUGACUUCAUUCUGUUUUUUUCCCCAAGUGUUUCUGAAGCCAAAACUGCCGUUGAAAGUGCUUUGCUAGAGCUUCAUCACACUGAACCGACCAAGCCUGUUCUUCUAGUGGUGCUCCAUUACACAGUAGAUGGUGACAUCAGCAUAUCAGAUAGCAGUGAAUAUUUAAGAGAGAGCACCCUCACAGUGGACUGUCUGAUCUCCAACGACGAGAAUCUCCUGCAGUGCACAAAGAAUAAUGAAGCACUGACCAAAGCUAAAGAAUGGAUCCAGUCUGAGAUAGAAAAAAAGAAGCCUGAAAUUCAACAUAAUUGGCAGGGACGUGGAGGUGAUGAGGAGGUGAUGCGUUACUUCGUGGCUGGAUCCCCAAUCAUUUGUGAAUUUAUAGAACUUCUUCAAGGUCUGAGUCCAAAGCUGAAGGAGGUGCCUACAGUGGAAAAGUGUGACUUCAUUCUGUUUUUUUCCCCAAGUUUUUCUGAAGCCAAAACUGCCAUUGAAAGUGCUUUGCUAGAGCUUCAUCACACUGAACCGACCAAGCCUGUUCUUCUAGUGGUGCUCCAUUACACAGUAGAUGGUGACAUCAGCAUAUCAGAUAGUAGUGAAUAUUUAAGAGAGAGCACCCUCACAGUGGACUGUCUGAUCUCCAACGACGAGAAUCUCCUGCAGUGCACAAAGAAUGAUGAAGCACUGACCAAAGCUAAAGAAUGGAUCCAGUCUGAGAUAAAAAAAAAGAAGCCUGAAAUUCAACAUGAGCAUCCCUGUGCAUCCAUAGAUCGCGCUAAUCAAACUGGAACAGAGGAGGAAUGUGAUGGCGUUCUGCAUGACAUUGAUGAAGCAGAGCAAAUACUAAAUGACCUGCCAGCCACUAGGCCUGCUGCUUCAGGGAUGCUCUAUCAUACACCUAACCCAGACCUCACUGUGUUACAGAAGUGCGCUCAAAAUGAUAACGCUCCUCCUGAGGAAUCAAAGCCAACAAAAUCCAUGGGCAGAAAUAAAAGGCCAUGUCAGUCACCUCCUGUAGAAACCAAGCCUGUAAACAUUUUCUCUUGUGUUACUGGGAACACUCUGGGAUCUCAUAAUGAAUUUGUGAGAAUUCUCUGCAAACGAAGAGCAGAACUGCAGGAGGUUCCUACAGUGGAGAAGUGUGAUGUCAUUCUGGCUUUCUGUCCUGUUGUAUCAGCGGCUGGUAUUGACACUAAAAACGCACUGCAGCAACUUAAUGAUGUAUCCGGUUCUAGGCCUGUUGUUCUGGUGGUGCUCCAUCACACAUUUGACCCAGAGCUCAUUGUUCCAGACAGCAGCAGAUCAGUAAACAGAGAGAAAACACUGACAGUGGACUGUCUGUUCUAUGAGGAUAAAGGACUGCUGCACUGUAGGAGGAAUGAUGAGGCUCUCAGCAGAGUUUCAGAGUGGAUUGACACUCAGGCAUCAGAAGCAACUAAUCCAUUUGACAACUGGAUGGGGUUCUCUGAGAUGACUAGAAUGCUUUGGAGAUAUCCGGAGAUACCAAAUCCUUUGUCUUUACCACAGAAGAACAUGGGGUCGAGUUCUGUAACAGGAGUAAGUCAAGAUCUGCCACAGGUCAAACUCUGUCUUGGAAAGCUUAAUUUUUUCACUUGUGUUACUGGGAACACUCUGGGAUCUCAUAAUGAGUUUGUGAGAAUUCUCCGCAAACGAAGAGCAGAACUGCAGGAGGUUCCUACAGUGGAGAAGUGUGAUGUCAUUCUGGCUUUCUGUCCUGUUGUAUCAGCGGCUGGUAUUGACACUAAAAACGCACUGCAGCAACUUAAUGAUGUAUCCGGUUCUAAGUCUGCUGUUCUGGUGGUGCUCCAUCACACAUUUGACCCAGAGGUCAUUGUUCCAGACAGCAGCAGAUCAGUAAACAGAGAGAAAACACUGACAGUGGACUGUCUGUUCCAUGAGGAUAAAGGACUGCUGCACUGUAGGAGGAAUGAUGAGGCUCUCAGAAGAGUUUCAGAGUGGAUCGAGGUGAUACUGAGGAUCAUAACCAAGUUAUGAUCUGAAAAGUUAUCUGAAAAGUAUUCAUGAAAAUGAAGCAUCUAGUGAGUAUGAAAGAAUUUCUUUGUUUUCUGCAAAACCCGAUUAUUACUAUUUUUUAUAUUUUGGCAUUAACAUGAGGAUUCAUAACAUCUUAAAAUGAACACUUACCAAAAACAAAUUUCCAUCUACACCACUGCCCUGAAAAGAUUUAAUACAGCUCACAAAAAGAAGCUAAUGUGUGUGUUUGAAUCAUUAAGGCUUAAAUCCACAAAAUUAACAAGAUAUUUUAAGCUAAAGGCAACAGUACUGUGGGAGGAGCUGAGUCCAUCUUUCCUAUUUUUCAGGUUCUCUUAAAUAUUUCUGUAUUACAAAUGGAAACACACUGAAUACUCGGUUAGAAUUUCUGAGAAUACUCAAAAAAGACUUACCAGCACUGCAGGAGGCGUCUUCAGUAGAGGAGUGUGAUGUCAUUCUGGAGUUUUGUUCUGUCAGUCCAGCUGUUGAUAAUGAGGCCGUUCUGUGAAGAAUUGGCGGUAAAUACCAUUCAAAGGAAUACAGACUGAAUACGAUGAAGCUUAAGUUCUUAUAAUACUGGUUUCAUAAAUUUAAAUAAAACAAAUCCCUUUAAACAGCCAGCAAGCCUGCAAUUCUAGUGGUGCUUCAUAAACUUUCGGAUCCAGAGAAAACAAUAAGAGACAGCAGCAGGUCUGUAACCAGAGAGGAUGGAGUCACAGUGGACUGUUGGUUUCUUGAAGACAGGGGUAGACUGGAAUGCCCAGAGAAUUCAGAGGCUUUCAUUAGGGUUUUGAAAUGGUUGAGAACUAAGGUAUUACACCACACUGAUUUCCCUACAUCUUAUACUCUUCCGUUACACUUCACACAGUGACUGGCAGUUAGAGAUGCAGCACACAUCUUCAUUCUUGAACAUGGACCUAUUGUAAAAGCACAAGUACAAACAAAGGGAAAAAAAGUAAAUGAAAUGCAUUUUAGUUGUGUUUUCUAACUCUGCCUAAAGGGGGGUGUCACAGGAAGAGAGGAGGAUGGAGUGGGAACCCACAGGAGGAGGACAUGAGGAGCCUGGAUCAGCUGGUAGACCAUGAAGAUCAUCCAGAAAUGUGUUGAUCAACCCAGAAAACUGCACAUACAAAGUGAACAUAGAUUUUGUUGAGCUAACAUAAUAUGAACUAUGGGCUCUGUUCAAGCUUAUUUGUGUUCUGUUAAUAUACGUUUUACUUAGUAUUGAUUAUUAUGAACGGAUUCAUUUUCAUAAUGCCUCUUAACAAAGCCACAUCAAGGUGAACAUUGGCCCCAGACUAUAAAUCCUGGGGGCACCUCCAUUGCUCACACACAUUGCUCUUGUCUGACAUAAAGUGAGAGUUAAAGGGGGGGUUUGUCUCUGAUGUUCAACUUAACCCUUUUAUUUUGAAGGAGCAAUUUACACAAUAUAGCAUGGAAGUAAGUAACAAUACCAUAACUUCAGCCCUUUUAUGGAGCUGUUUUGAACUGUUUAGAGAAAGCGAGUUCAUUAGAUAGUGGUAGUGAUGCUGCUGUGAUAUUUGACAUGUUUUUUCUUCCACAUUUGCUACACAGGGUAUAGCUGUAUUUCAUAUAACGGAAUUUACAUAAUCACGUAGAUUUAAGCUAAUCUUCUAACGUGGUUCAAAAGCUUAUGAAGGGUAGUUGUCGAUGAUCACCAGUCAUGGUAGUUUCAUCAUUCACUUUUGUUUAUUUGUUUGUGUUUCGUUCAUUGAGUGCCUUUCGUCUGAUUAUAAAUGCUACUUUAUGCUGAGCUUCACUUGGUGGCCUAAUAAGAAGUAAUACAUUACUGUUAACUCAGUAGAACUACUGUAAAAGACACACUUAUUAGGUUUCUCUUUCCACAUUGCAUGUAUGUAGAUACUGCUUGGCAUCCACAAAGCAAGGAUUCUCAUUAUCAAAAUGCUGUCUGAGUAAUCCGUCUUGGGAAACACAAUGCUGAUCUACAGGGAUCUUCUUCACUGUGCAUGUCAAAUCCAAACUAGAAACGAUGUAUGUGGUAUUGUUUGCAAUCUGUGUUGUCGUCUAACUGCGUGUAUGCCACGCUUUUAUGAACUGCACUGUACACUCUCAGAAAAAAAGGUAUGACACUGUCACUGGGGCAGCACCCUUUUUGUCACUGUGGUGGUACCCUCAGGGGUACAUCUUAGUACCUUUAGUCAGGGAACAUAACUGUACCAGAAUCUGUUGAAAUGAUAUUCUCUAAGUUGUGCUGACUCCACACACCCUGUGUUAAAACCGCUGUUGCACCUUUGAGGGUGCACUUACAUUGUUUGUACCUUGAUGAACGAAUCAUGUACCUGCAUGGUGUCUUUGUUUCUAACAGUGUAAUGCUCCAUGUGUCUUAUGCUGCUUUCAUAUUCAGAAUUAAAUAUUCGUUUUCAAUAAUGA